CGAUAUGGAGAAGCUAAUGACAGAAGAACUAGGAGGGAUCGCGCGGCACCAGCAGUACUAUGAGGCCGCCUACAGGACGUACCUGGACGCCUGUAGCGGACGGCAGUACUACCUACAGCUCCUGGGUGAAGCCGACAGUGUGGUCCUGAGAAAACUGCAGGAGAUUCACCACAACACGCACGUCAUCGUGGUGGAACCCUCGGAGGAUUACAUCACUGAAUACAAGGAACUAUUGGAGCAUGAGCCGCACAUCGGCAGGCUAACCUUCGAUUGGCUACAACAAAGAGCAGAGGAGUACUUCUCCCAGGAGGCUGGAGAGAGGUGUCACCUGAUCCACGCCAUCCAUGUUCUGUACCACGUGGACGACCUUGCCGUGACCUUGAAGAACAUGUGGGACUCCCUAGCGGACGGUGGGAGCAUGGUGGUAAUGAUAGAAUCAGGUAAAAGCGACUUCGGUAGGUGGCGCUUGAAAGUCAUGGAGACUCUGGGGGUGCCUGAGGACAAGCGUCUGGCAACCUGCCUGAGGGUCUCCUCAGAUGUGAUAAAGAUACUGGACGACAAUAACAUUAACUACAGCGCCGUGUCUACAUCUCCUGAGGACAUCGAUGUUACCGAAUGCUUGAAGGAAGGAUCAGUAUCAGGAAAAUUACUUCUGGAUUUCUUGAUUCAAACCGCUUACGCCUCUUCAAAUCCAGAAUUAAGAUCAGUUCUGCUGAAGUAUUUGAAGAGCCCCGAAUUUUCGACCAGGGUUGAUGAUAAAGUGGUCAUCACACAGUAUACAGAUGUCAUAGUAGCUAGGAAAAAAUCUACGUAGCUGCAGGGGCAUGAAAAGGCUGUCGUCUGUUUUGAUUAGCAUUUGAUAAAAUUGUUAAGCUGUGAAUGAAUUUGAAUACUGAAGAAGAGAGAAAUGUAUAAUAGAAUAAGCCACAUAAG